AUUGAUCUGUUUCAUUUUUCCUCUGCAGCUUGAGCAAGAGCAACAAUGGCGACACUAAUGACCAUUGACUUACAAAACUGUUUCAUCUUCAUCAUCUUAUCACUUCUUUGUUACUAUCUCUUAUUCAAGAAACAAAAAGGCUCACGCGCUGGCUGUGUUCUACCUCCAAGCCCUCCUUCUCUACCAAUCAUCGGUCAUCUUCAUCUUCUCCUCUCAAAUCUUACUCACAAGUCACUUCAGAACAUAUCCACUAAGUUCGGUUCUUUUCUUUAUCUUCGUGUCGUAAAUUUGCCUAUAGUUCUUGUCUCUUCCCCAUCAGUGGCUUACGAGAUCUACAAGACACAUGAUGUGAACGUCUCGUCUCGAGUUGCAACUUCCCUCGGCGACUCUCUUUUUCUUGGAUCUUCUGGUUUCAUCACUGCUCCUUAUGGAGAUUACUGGAAAUUCAUGAAGAAGAUGGUUGCUACAAAGCUUCUCCGGCCGCAAGCGAUUGAGCAAUCACGAGGCGGCCGGGCAGAGGAGCUACAAAUGUUUUAUGAGAACCUUUUGGAUAAGGCAAUGAAGAAAGAGAGCAUUGAGGUUAGUAAGGAAGCAAUGAAGCUUACUAAUAACAUCAUAUGUAGGAUGAGUAUGGGGAGGAGUUGUUCAGAUGAGAAUGGUGAGGCGGAGAGAGUUAGAGAAUUGCUUGUCAAGUCAACUGCCUUAACGAAGAAGAUCUUUUUCGCAAACAUGUUUCCUCGAAUCCCGCUGUUUAAAAAGGAGAUAAUGGGAGUUUCUAGCGAAUUCGACGAUUUGCUAGAGAGGCUUCUUGUGGAACAUGAAGAGAGAGUUGAGGAGCAUGAAAAUAAGGACAUGAUGGAUUUGUUGUUGGAAGCUUACCGGGACGAAAACGCGGAGUAUAAGAUCAGUAGGAAGCAGAUUAAGUCUUUGUUUGUGGAGAUUUUCCUUGGAGGAACUGACACUUCCGCGCAAACAGUACAAUGGAUAUUGGCUGAACUUAUUAACAAGCCUAACAUUCUUGAGAGAAUUAGAGAAGAAAUCGAUUCGGUUGUAGGGAAAUCAAGAUUGAUGAAAGAAACUGAUCUACCAAACCUGCCUUAUUUGCAAGCGACGGUUAAGGAAGGACUACGAAUGCACCCUCCAUCGCCGCUCUUGGUUAGAACAUUCCAAGAGAGUUGUGAGGUCAAAGGCUUUUACAUGCCAGAGAAGACAAUGCUUGUUAUUAAUGUUUAUGCUUUGAUGAGAGAUCCUGAUACUUGGGAAGAUCCUAAUGAGUUUAAGCCAGAGAGGUUCUUACUUUCUUCGAGAUCAAGACAAGAAGAUGAGAAAGAGCAAGGCAUGAUGAAGUACCUUCCUUUUGGAGCUGGAAGGAGAGGCUGUCCUGGAUCAAAUCUAGCUUAUCUCUUUGUAGGUAUCGCGGUUGGUGUGAUGGUUCAGUGUUUUGAUUGGAAAAUCAAAGAAGACAAGGUUAACAUGGAAGAAACUACUGCAGGAAUGAAUCUAGCCAUGGCUCAUCCGUUUAAGUGUACUCCUGUGGUUAGAAACGACCCUUUAACUUUGAAUCUUGAGAAUCCGAGUUCAUGACUUUGCUUACAGCUUUGUUAUGAUGUGUUCAAAAACGUUCAACUUCAUUAUGUUUGUUGUAUUUGAAAGUUUGUUUUAUUGAAUAAAGAUUGUUCUACUAAUAAA